GCAAUAGUAGCUCUCUCCAUCUAUGUUCUACUUGCCUUGAGCCAUAUUGGUUUCUCUAUUGUCACCGGUUACUAUUCACGCUGCUGGGGAUCGCCUUCGGAACUUACUGCGCUCGCAAUGAACUCGCAACCUACGAGCAGACUAGCGAAUACAGGAGGUAUCGAGACUAUCCGUGUCUUUCAAGAACCAGUUUGGGUUCGACUUAAAGACAGAAGAGCACAAAUGGUUUUUAAGGAUAGUUACACUGAGGAAAAACUAAGGAUGGGAAGGCCAUAUGCCUAA